UUUUGUAACAUUAUAAUAUGUAAUGUCACUUUUGAUCAAUUUAAUGCAUCCUUGCUGAAUAAAAUAUUAAUUUCUUUAAAAAAAAAAGUCUUACUAAGCCCAAACUUUUAAAUGGUAGUGUAUAUACUGGGAUAAUAAUCAUUACAAGAAAAACUAAAUAAGUAAGUAAAUAAAUAAAAUAAAUAAUAGUUAAAACAAGCACACAUUAUUCACUCCACUCUCUGGACUUUCCUAGGCACAGAUUAAACCUAAAGUUAUUGGAUUCGUAUUCAUAUUCCACAAAUCAGGUUUAUUAGGCGUAAUAUUUAAAAAAAUUCAUUGGAUGUCUGAAGGAUAAUUUUAAAUUAUUAAAUUAAAUUAUAGCACAGGCAGCAUAUUUAGACAAUAUUAAAAAAAAAAAAAAAGACUAUUAUUUAAAAAGGACAUUUUGUUUUCAUCUAAUGUAUUUAUUACCAUAGAUAUAUGUAAAGAUAAUGUGUUAAUAUGUAACUUAUAUUUUUAUCUCAACCAACAUUAACCAACUCAAAUGCAAUGAAAACCAGUCUUACUGGUGAGUAAAACUAACACAUAGUUGUGGUUUAGAAAGGAUGUGCACUGUAAUACCUCUAUUUUGUAUUUGUGUAUUUAAUGUUACUCAACACUGUACUGUAUAAGUAAAGAAAUGUCAUAUGUGUGUUCUUUUUGUUAGAAUAAUCGUAGUGGCUUUCACUGUUACAUGUCUAUAUGUUCUUCUACCCCUGUCUGACUAUACUAUUAUUAUUCAACCGUGGCACAUUGUAAUGUAGCUCAUCUUAUGUCAUUUCACUUUAUCUAUCUCCACCCAGAAGCACUGGGCUGCCCUGAAACAUUUUCCUGAAAGAUUCAAGAAUAAUAUAUAAAAGUAAAUAUUACAAAUAUAAAAGUGUUUUAUGUGUACUGAAUGGUGUGUGGAAAAAGUAGAAAACACCUGAGUUAACCAGGAGGAGGUGCUGCAUUGCUACAGUGUUUUCUGAGGAGACAUUUCUCCAGUGGUACAGAUGUUAGUCUUAAUAUAAUAGCGGUGGAUGGUAAGUUUGUUAUUAUAGAAAGCACUUAUGACAUAAGGAAACUGAUUUGGGUUAUUUAAUAGGAUGUAGAACUUGGCAGAGUACAUAUUCACUAAACCUAAUAGCUCACAUUUGUCUUGUUGAGCUGGAAUGUUGGAAAGGAGGCACUAAAACUGUCUUUAAUGUCCUCUUAGAAGUAUAUACAUUUCAACGUUAUAUGCUCGUGGGAAAACGUGCCACAUCCAUCUCCUUCCAUGCUUAUUAAAAAGUAAUGUGAGUUUAUUUGCUGUGCUGUGAAGACGUGACCGGACAGCCCGUUUCUGAUUACACGUGAUAUAAACUCCUUAUAAGAAAACAUUUGUUAUGGACUGCGUUCUGAAACAUGGAUUUGCCGUCUUUACUUUAAGUCUCGAAAUGGCACAAAAACAUCGCGGGAAUCUGGCUGUAGAAGCGCUGCCAAGGAUCCAAUUUGAGAACUGUUCUGUUUGGAUGGAGCCCAGAUAGGCCUGGACACAACAUAGUCUCGUCUUGAGACAUGUUUCUCUUAAAAUGUUUAUUUUUAAGACUUUGGCAUGCGUUGCUAAUGCUAAUGCCUCUGUCCUGGUUGAGCUCAGAACAACUGUUAAUUUCCUUGGCUGCAAACUAAAAGGCUUGAUGUACAAGCAGGCUACUUAUGGAUGGAGGAAAGCACAGGAAGACUGCUGCCAAAUUCUUUGAAGUGAUGAAGCUCAGCAGAGGCGGAGUCUGAACUACUGCACAUUUUAUAAAAUGUGGAGUCAGGGCUCAUGUAAUUCCUUCAGUGCCCUUUCAGCAGCACAAUCACACUUGAAGACUAAAUUGGAAAGCUUGCUGAAACCGUCUCCAGUCCGUUACAGUUUGCACCCAAAAAGCUGUGUGAACCAUCAUGGAUGAGGACUUUGAUUUCGAGCGUCGCAGAGAGUUACGGAGACAAAAGCGAGAAGAAAUGCAGCGGGAGGCAGAGAAGAUGAACUCUCAUGAUGAUGAUGAGGAAGUGGCCCGGGAGCGUCGGAGACGAGCCCGUCAGGAACGCCUGCGCAAUAUGGAGAAUGAUGAGUCAAGUACUACUUCAACAGAAACGAACAGUACAGAGACGUCCUCAUUGAUCACCAGUUCUGCACCAACUGAGGAUGAUGAACAGGCUCUCUUGGACAGGAUCGCCAAGAGAGAGGAGCGGAGACAGAAAAGGAUGAAGGAAGCUUUGGAGAGACAGAAGGAAAUUGAUCCCACCAUCACUGAUGAAACUGUCACCGCCGCCACAGAGGACGAGCCAAGUCAUAGAAACGACAAACAAGAGUCCUCCCAAAAUGAGGUUCCUUCAACAGAAACCAAUUCCUGGAAGGAAAAGGAAGAGAUGAAAGAGGAGGAAAAGAUAGAGGAAAGCAAUGUGGAGGCUGAGGAGACAAUCACAGUAAAGGAGGAUCCGAUGUCAUUCACAGCAGUGGAAGAACCCAAAGAAUCUUCUGAGAAGAUAGAGAAACCAGAAGAGGAAGAAAGACCCCAGAGGUCCUACCUCAGAGAACAGGAAUCCAUGGAGGAGAAACCCAAAGAACCAGAGGCACCAAAUGAGGAAGAAUCUGUCAGUGAAAAUAUAGAAACUAAAGAACAAACAAAUGCAGAUUUAGCAAGUGCAGAUUUAGAAAAUAAAAAGGUAGAAGCUGAAAGUCUGAUAUCAACAAAAGAACCAGCAAAAGAGGACAAAAUAGAGGUGGAAGUCUUAGUGGAGCCAGCUACACCACAGAUUGAGAAGGAAGAACAGGUGGAGAAAGAAGAACAUGUAAAGGAACCUGAAGAAAAACUUGUGGAGGUAAAGGUUCGAAUUCAAGAUGAAGCUCCAGAGAAGAAGGAGGCUGAAAAACCUGUGAAAGAGCAAGAGAAACCCCAUGUAGCUGUUGAAGAAACGCCCAAAAAAUCAUUUAGGGAAGUUGAGGUGAAGGCCAAAACCCCAAAGAAAGAAGAGGAGAAACCACAACUGAAGAAGGAGGUUGAAGAAAAACCAUCAACACCAAAGAAGAAGGUUGAGGAGAAACCUGUGACUCCAAAGAAAGAGGUUGAGGAAAAGCCUAAAUGGAAGAAAGAGGCUGAAGAAACGAAGGCCAAACUUGAAGAAAAAGUCAAAUCAAAGAAAGAGGAGGUUGUGGAGGAAAAGACGAAACCUUCCUUUUUACGUGACAAACUGAAAGUGUCGACAAAACCACAAGAUGUAGCUGAUAGCACCGCCAAAGCCAAGAAACCAGAGAAGACACUAAGUCCAUCCAGCUUGCGUUCUCCUGAAACAGAGAAGCAGGAUCCCAUCGCCAAGCUGGAGGCAGAACGCAAGCUGCAGGAGCUGAAGCGCCGGCGGAACGAGACGGACAGUGAGGUGCUGGAGAAGAUGAAGCAGAAGCAGCAAAUGGCCGAGGCCGAACUGGAGGAGCUGAAGAAGAAGAGGGAGGAGAGGAAGAAGAUUCUGGAGGAGGAGGAGAAGCAGAAGAAACAGCAGCUGGCAGAAAAGAAAGCCAAAGAGGAGGAAGAGAGGAGGAAGAUGAAGGAAGAGAUAGAGCGAAGGAGAGCAGAGGCAGCUGAGAAAAAAAAACAGAAAGAGGAGUCGAAAGAAGGGAGCAAAGCACCAUUCAUCGCUCCAAAGGGCGCUUCUGCAAAAAUUGGUGAGAAAGCAGAAUUCCUGAACAAAUCUGCUUUAAAAAGUCCGGUGAAGACGUCACACACUCCAUUAGUUUGCAAGAUUGGAAACAGACUGGAGCAGUACACUUCUGCUGUUCAGACCAAAGAAGUGACCAGAUCACCCAAAUCUCCCGUGGACGUACCUGUGGCUGAAGGGCUGCGGAGCAUCAAGAGUAUGUGGGAGAAGGGGAAUGUGGUCAAUCCCACCCCGAGUCCUGCAAGCCCCCCAGCAGUCACCAAGGAAACAGCUGGUCUGAACAUCGGUGUGGCUGGUCGCAUUAACAGCUGGAAAACCAAGACUCCAGAGCCGAAGCCCACUGAACCGAAACCAGCCCCUGAACCAGAAAAACCACCUCCCAAAACAGACCAGAAGCCAGCUGAUGUCACUAAACCACGUGGCCCAUGGGAAACAAAGGGCUCCACACCUGCCAAGGUGUUUGCAGCCAAGAGUAAAUUCGUCACAAACGGAACAAGAAAAUAAGGACAUCUGAAUGACCCCAGAUCAGCUGAAAUGGAAGACGCUUCCUUAAAAUUUGCAUAAUUUUGCAACUUCAGGACCCGGAUUUUACAAGUGGCAACCCAACACAGCACAAAAUAAAAAUCAUACAAAAAUAAA